CUGUCAUUCACUGUGUUACAGGGUGGAAUCACAGACAAUCAAGAGACGACCUCAGUAUCAUAAUGAGCACUGAGGAUGAAGUUACCGCUCCUCACACUAUUCUGAAUGGACUCGUGUCCAGGAGCCGGAUACCAGCCUCGGACAGUGACGUCAAGAUGCGAGCAGGGAAGGGCUCCGUCACCAUGAGGAUAUCAUCAGGUUACGACGGCUGGAGACCACUUUCUGGCCUCGAUGUGAAUGGAGAGCUCACAUCGUCCUCGCUCACAGCCAAAGGAUACCGGAGUGUGCGGCCAAACCUGCCCACAGACAGUAAGACAUCGCAGGACCCAGCAGAGUGUGAGCACACGCCCUGGCUCACGGCCUCUGAAGCAGAGGCGCUCCCGAGCUCGCCCCCGAGCUCGCCGCCACCGCCCCUGGUACCAGCCACGCCAGCAGCCUUGCCCUGCAGCACCGCCCUAACACUGCCCACUCUGGAUGACUUCAUCCCCCUGCGGCUGCAGAAGGGAGGAGGCUGUACCCCCCACUCCCCCAGCAGCCACACACCCACCGCACUUGCACUCGCUCAGGAACAGCUCCCAGCAGCCAUAGACACCCCACCCCGCGGAUCAGCAACCCCCACAGGCAGAGAAGAGACGAAGCCUCCUCCAGUCUCGGUGCCUGAGGUGUUCAGUGUCGGAGCUGUGAGCAGUGACAGGCCUGACGUUCUGCCCUCGCUGGGCUCCUCCAGGCCCUCGGUCUAUCCCUCCACCACCUCCGUCAACCCCACCAUCGUCUUACUCCAGCACAACAGAGAGCAACAGAAGAAAAUCAACAGUGGUACAGACGCUCACAUCCUGACCCCCAGCCACCAUUCUGCCCCGGAUCGAUCGACCAGUCACCGAGUGCAGAGUGACGUUCCCCAGGGUAGGGGUUACAUUGGGGACAGUGCGGGAGGGAUGGAGGCCUGGAGUGUGGACCCCUGCCCCAGCAUCCCCCCCCACAGUGUGGGCAGUGCAGUGCGGGGCACCGAGAGGCCGAGAGACUGGUACAGGAACGUCUUCAACCAGAUCCACAAAGUCAGCAAAGAGUUACCCGAGGAUAAUCCCUACCAUCCCACCUACAGUUUCCCUGAGGUGUCUGAUCAGCCACACAUCUCCCCAGAGAACCCUUACACACCCACCUACUGCUUCCCUGAGUCAGCACCGAGCCCACACGCUGAAGAGCAGGACACUUAUACUCCAACUUACAUCUUCUCUCAUAUCGCUGAGCGGCAGCGAGCAGAAGAUGAUGAUUCUGAUUCUGGCUUUCCACGGUACUCUCACUCUGACACCGGGAGAAGCCAGACCUACCUGCCUCGGUCACAGAGUGCAAAGGACGCUGCUGAGAAUGAGGUGAUGGCGAGACGCUCAGCCACGCUGCCUCUGCCUCCUCGCUCAUCCUCGCUGAAGCCUGCGCGCAACAGGAGUGAGUGGGACGCUCCGGACAGGAAGGUGGACACACGGCAGUACCGAGCAGAGCCCAGGAGUAUCUUUGAUUACGAGCCGGGAAACUCGUCCGUCCUGGUCCAUGAGAAACUGAAGACAUCUGAGAAUGGAGAGCGGAAGCCAGUGGUGCUCACAGAGAGCGCUCGCACACACAGGACUCGGGACGUGAGCCCAGAAGAAAUAGAUUUAAAGAGUGAAGCUUGGUAUAAGUUCUUUACCGAGUUGGAGUUUGGGAAGCCGCCUCCAAAAAAGAUCUGGGAUUAUACGCCUGGAGAAUGUUCUAUCCUCUCUCUAGAGGACAGGAAGGACCAGCUCGACAACGACCUGUCCCACUACCAGGCUGAGUUAGACACAGACUUAGAAAACCUGGAGUUGCUUUUUAAAGCUAGGAGUCUCGGCAAGAGUGGAGCAUCAAAUUCUCACUUGGAAAUUUCUCCUGAGCAUCCGACACACUCGGGGUUCCCAGCCUCCCAGUUUGCCGAACGUCCACAGUCUGAGCCCGACAGCCUGGACAGUGACAGACGCAUCUACAAAACUGUCCUUGAGGGAGGAGACAUUCCCUUCCAGGGCCUGAGGGGGCUCAUCAAGAGGAACUCCAGCUCCUCCUCAACUAAAGAUCCGGAGUCUCCACGCUUCACGACGCCAACGGAUCACAUGGAGAUGCCAAUGGAGAUCUCCCGCCACCGUCACCAGGACAAAGAGCGAUUGCUGGAGGAGCAGAGGCGGGUGAGGCGGGAGCAGGAGGAGGCUGACAUUGUGUCAAGGCGGCACACGGGCACCGUGCCCACACAUCACCAGUUCAUCACCAACGCACGCUUCGGAGACCUGCUGAACGUGGAGGAGCCGGGACGCAGGAGCUCGGGCGCUGAGAUGAUUGUAUCCAGAGCCAAAUUUGAUUUCAAGCCGCAGUCACUGAAGGAGCUGCCUUUCCUGAAGGGCGACGUGGUUUACAUCUCACGGCAGAUCGACCAGAACUGGUACGAGGGCGAGCACCAUGGCCGUGUGGGCAUCUUCCCCAGGGCUUACGUAGAGCUCCUUCCUCCAACUGAGAAGCCACAGCCCCUGCAGUCAGCACCCCUCCAGCUGUUGGAGUAUGGAGAGGCCAUCGCUCGCUUCACUUUCACUGGAGACACACCCGUGGAAAUGUCCUUCAGGAAGGGGGAGCGUAUCAGCCUGAUCAGGAGAGUGGAUGAAAACUGGUUUGAGGGAAAAGUCUCGGGCACCACUCGCCAGGGAAUCUUCCCCGUCACCUACGUGGAGAUCAUCCGCAGACCCCGGGUCAAACACGCGGAGGAAUAUCUCGAGAGUCCCAGACUGCCCACUUCAAACCGCAGCUCCACUGGCUCCCCUCAGAUGUGCGACCCCGGCCCUCCUCCUUCCCCCCGUCCUCCUUCUUCCUGCCGCCGCGGCAUCUCUCCACAACUGCAGACAGUCACCUCGGAGUGGAUCUCGCUGACCAUGGGACUGCCCCCCCCUUCCCUCCCCCCGCUCCCGCACACGCUGGGCAGCCCCUCACCCUCUCUCAGCCUGUCUCUGUCUCUGUCCUCCUCCGGCUGCUCUACUCCCUGCUCCAGUGCCAGCCCUUUGCCCCCUGUCCGAUCGCAGACAUCAGGGUGCUGCACCCCACUCAGCGAGCACGGUAUCGCCCCCUCCCGCGUCUCACUGCCCAUUCCCCCCCGGGCAAGCCCACAGCCCUCCCACCUCGACGCACAGCCAGAUCCCCCCACCAGUGUUGAGCAGCAGCCCCAGGGAGCAGACUCACAAGGCAGCAGUGGAGAAUUGGCAAAGCCACCCAUGCACACCAGCGCAGGAGAGACAGUGAGGAGCGAGGGCUCUGUCUGCAGACAGUUGAGGAGCCCGGGGCCGGGGUGUGAUCCUGCCCUCACCGCCCUGAGCCCCCUCCCCUUCACGACGUCCCAUCAGCGGCUGCGAGGACCGGAUCUCACGCAGUCUGAGCGCAGCUACGUGGAAGCGGUCUGCAAUGAGAUCAUGAACAUUGCGGAGAGCUCAGUGCAGUACUGUGGCACGCUCUCUUACCCCCUGCGCCCGCAGCACAGGUUUUGUCACAGUAAACAAUCUUUCAUCAUUUCCCAGCAACCGCAGGCCCUGCAGCACAGAGACAGCGGUAACCGAACACAGCCACACAGCAGCCUGUUCCAGGCUGUGUACAGUUACGGGCCUCAGAAUGGGGACGAGCUGGAGCUGAGAGAGGGCGACGUGGUGGACGUGUUGGAGAUGUGUGACGAUGGCUGGUUUGUGGGAACAUCCAGGAGAACGAAGCAGUUUGGAACGUUUCCAGGCAACUAUGUGAAGCCUCUUAACUUGUGAGGAAUGAGCGUGUGACUGAGCUUGCAAUCUGCUGGCACAGCGUGGAGCUGUUGAGUUCACAGAACACAGUAUAUUGGUUACUCUAACUUGGCAUCACUAUCGUGUUUAAACUACAAAGCCUCUACUUUUGUACCGGACAAAAAUGAAGUUCACUGAGUGAGAGAUAAGAGAGGAGGGGGAUGUGUGAGGGUGUGUGAGGGUCAGGGAGCAGAGCUGUCUCCAGUACGGGGGCUUGAGUUGAUGAUUGAGAGAUUGAACCUCAAAUCAGCUGAACAACAGAGCGGGGGGCGGGGAGGAGGGAUGAGGGGAUGAGCAGGGAUCUGAGAUUCGAGUGAGCGAGAACGGGGGAGUGGCUGAAUGGCCUUCUCUCCAUGCCUCGAUUCUAUCUGUCUCUCCUCUGCUUUUUCCCCUCAGUCUAAGCCCCAGUCCCCCCACACCGUGCCUGAGACAGAAGGAGGACAAGCGCUUAAUUUCUUUCGGAGACGAGACAUUGGGAGUCUGGUGAAUCUGUUGAUGGAAACCAAGGGAUGGAACCUAACACAAGAGGGAUGCAGUGGCACUGACUGCCGAAUGUGUAUAAUCUCACUGCCUGACACAACCCAUAACCCAAUCCAUGCCUUUUUAAAUUUACAUUGUAUUCAUAACUGUAUUAGCUUCUUAAACAAACACACACUGGGUGCGAGGGUCAGGAACCUGGUGGCAGGCCUGACUUACUGGCUGUCUGGCUGCUUUGUGCUGGCACCUUUUCCACACUGGAGAGCACAAUAAUGCACCAUGUGCUGCUGUGGCGUCUAAUCACCCACCAAACACCCCUCCAUUACCCCCCCCCCCCCCCCCCCGGGGGUCAGGAGAGGGCUUGUGUACGUUAUCCUUGCAUGUACAUAUGUAUAUUAGACUGUUGUACAGAAUAUCUAGCUUAUCCUGUACAGAAAGAAAGAGCGAAGAGAGAGAGCGACGGAGAGAGAGGCAGAACCAAUGAUGUUGGUGAUGCAUUUAGGAGAGAUGGGAUCAAAGUGCAAUGGAGACAAACUUCACCUGAAGGAGAAAAAAAAAGAGCUCAAAAUGAACACAGAAAAAAUUGUAUUUUUGCAGAAAAAUCAGUUACCAGCGGCUUGGGAUGUUUGUCUGUCUGUCCUCCCCUCCCUAACUGUACGGUUUAUUAAAUUCAACAGCACAAUGCUUCCCUUUAUCUAAUGCUCUUAAAUUCUUAAAUUGUAGCAGCACUAUAUGUAUCUGACAAUUGCAGUGUUUGAUGGCAUCCAGCCACCCCUGGGAGCGUUGGGCAGCCCUACUGUGGGACCUGUAGGUGGAAACGCUCCCUUUAGAGCAGUGCUUCUGGGUUUGAUAUUUGACACUGCCCACUCACUGCUGUGGCUGCAGGACGCACUAUUUAAUAAACAUUAAAGCCACCGUGA